GACGUCCCACAUUAUGUUUCGUGAGGUCGUCUCCUGUAAAUAAUAUACCUCGUAGCCGUAGCGAUACACUGUAUUAUUUCACGUAUUUCACAUGGAGAGCAGAUAUAUCUAAAUGCUGACAGCAUACCGUCGAGGUUGGCAGUCCUCUGCCAGCCCGCUCGCCAUCGCUCGGCUCGCGAGGCCAACUUUACCGUGAUACUUGGCUGGUUUUGGACGCUCGCAUUAGCUAGCCAUUCAGCUAAUCAGAGGUUAUUACGGGAGGAAUCUAGCUCGUUUCCAGAGGCCUGUGUCUCAAUGAGAUGGACACCUGAGAUGACAGUCUCCUGUGUUCUCUAACUGAGCUGACGCGUAUCAAAGGUCAAGCUUGCCUUGAUGUUGGACCUCCUGCCUAGCAUGCAGCCAUGAGCUCUGCCCUGUGGAGCCAGGAGAAGCCCAGUGGGGGCUACAGGGAGGACUGGCGCUUCUACAUGGUCAUAAAGGAGUGUACGGUGGAGAAGCCUCCCCAGAAGACCCUGAGGAUCCCCCGUGGCAGUCUUGGUCAGGCCUGCCAGGAGCGCAACAGCCUGGGGAGAACACUGCCCCCAUGCAAGGGCAAAAAAAGUCUCCGCAUCCUGGACCAGACCAACGUGGUGCUGAGCCUGGACGAGCGGGACGUCUUGGAGCUGGACGAGAAGCUGGCUGAGCUGCUGUUCCCCAUCACUAACUGUGAGGAGCGGUAUGCCCUCCUCUGCAACAAGUCAAGGCUAGAGCGGGUCCGCGAUAUUGACUGUGGUUCGAAGGUGCGCGUCCAGCUGCGCUCAGGGGAUGAACCUCUGCCUGGUGUGGUUCGCUUCAAGGGCCCGCUGCUCCCUGACAGAGCCCUCUCUGGAAUCUGGUUUGGAGUGGAGCUGCUGGAGGAGGGCCGGGGCCAGGGCUUCACGGAGGGCUCCUACCAGGGCCGACAACUCUUCCGCUGUGAGGAUGAGUGUGGUGUGUUUGUGGCUCUGGACAAGCUCGAACUCUGGGAGGAUGAUGAUGACGAAGCCUUGGGUGAGCUAGAGGUGGACCACGUCAAUCUGGUGGAAGAGGACCAGGACUUCCCUCCACUGGAGAUCAACUCCAGGGUCCUGGUGCAGACCAGGGACGGGCCAGAGAGAGGCACCAUCAUCUUUUGUGACCUGCUGCCGGGCAAUGAGAGCCUGGGCUACUAUGUGGGAGUUGACAUGGACAAUCCUAUCGGGGACUGGGAUGGUAUGUUUGACGGGAAGUUGCUGUGUAAUUUUGCCAGUUUGGAGCACACUCGACUCGUCCCCAUCUGUGACGUAAUGCCAGAAUAUUCCAUGCAGGACCAACGGCUGCAAAAGCACAGUUUUGCCCCCAGAGGCACCAACAGUGACAAAACGUCCUCUGGCCAAAGCAAACCAAAGAGCAAAGGAUUAGGUCAUCAGUGUGGCAGUAGAAGCAAGUCUGAAUUUUACUAUACUUUAAAUGGCAGCACUGUUGAUCCCCCCACCCAGUCCAAAUCCAAAAGCACAUGGUACAUUGAUGAAGUUGGGGAGGACCCCGCCAAGUCACUUACUGACACGCCCCCUGACUUCAACCAGUCCUCCCCGCCCUCCAGAGCCCCGCCUUCUGCCUCACUGUCCAGUGACAACAAGUUCCACUCUCUGCCCUUCAGCCUGAACAGGAAGACCGGGCCCAUUGACAACAUGAGCCAUGGGCCUCUCUCCCUUUCCGUCCAGUCGGUGAUGGGGGAGCAGCCCGAGCCCCCGUCACCUGUUGCCCCUCCCUCACCGCAUCCGUCGACGCCUCCCCGAGGACAGCCCGGUCUGGAGGUGGGCUCUCUGGUGGAGGUGAAGGAGAACCCCCCUCUGUGUGGUGUCAUCCGGUGGGUGGGCCUUCCUCCUGGCCUGCUGGAGCCUUUGGCUGGGCUAGAGCUGGAGGAAGAGUGCCCCGGUUGCACUGACGGCACCUUUAAAGGUACGCGGUACUUCACCUGCCCCCCCAAAAAGGCCCUGUUCGUUAAGCUCAAGUGCUGCCGGCCCGACUCCCGCUUCCCGUCGCUGCAUCACUCCUCCAACCCCAUCGAGCGGUGCAACUCCAUCGCAUUUGGAGGGUAUUUAAGUGAGGUAGUACACGAGAACACUCCUCCCCGCACAGAGAAUGAUGGUCUGGAUGUCAUGGUAGGAAAAAAGAAAGGCAUCCAGGGCCACUACAACUCCUGCUACCUGGAUUCUACCCUCUUCUGUCUGUUCUCCUUCAGCUCUGUACUGGACACGGUUCUGCUGAGACCUCGCUCAAAGACAGAUGUGGAGUAUUACAGAGAGACCCAAGAGCUGUUACGCACAGAGAUAGUCAACCCCCUGCGCAUACACGGGUACGUCUGUGCUACUAAAGUGAUGAAGCUGAGGAGGAUCCUGGAGAAAGUAGAGGCUGCCUCUGGGUUUACAUCUGAAGAAAAAGAUCCUGAGGAGUUCCUUAAUAUCCUCUUCCAUCACAUACUGAGGGUGGAUCCGUUGCUGAAGCUAAGGUCAGCAGGACAGAAGGUCCAGGACUGUUACUUCUACCAGAUCUUCAUGGACAAGAAGGACAAGGUGGGAGUUCCCACCAUCCAGCAGCUCCUGGAGUGGUCUUUCAUCAACAGCGACCUCAAGUUUGCGGAGGCUCCCUCCUGCCUUAUCAUCCAGAUGCCCCGCUUUGGCAAGGACUUCAAAAUGUUCAACAAGAUUUUCCCCUCAUUAGAGUUAGACAUCACAGACCUUCUUGAAGACACUCCAAGGGAAUGUCGUAUAUGCGGAGGCCUGGCUCUCUACGAGUGUCGAGACUGUUAUGAGGACGGGGAUAUCACGGCGGGCAAGAUUAAACAGUUCUGUGAAAAGUGCAAUACGCAGGUCCACCUCCACCCGAGGAGGAAAGCCCAUCGGCACGGCAAACUGUCCGUCCCCAAGGAGCUGCAAGACGGUACGGGGCGGCAGGGCAGUUUCCCCCGCCAGAGGAUGGAGCUGUUUGCCGUGCUGUGCAUCGAAACCAGUCACUACGUGGCCUUCGUGAAGUACGGCAGCGCGGAUUCCGCCUGGCUCUUCUUCGACAGCAUGGCUGAUCGCGAUGGAGGGCAGAACGGUUUCAACAUCCCCCAGGUGUCCCCCUGUCCGGAGGUGGAGGCCUACCUGAAAAUGACCCCGGAGGAGCUGCACACCCUGGAUCCCAAGAGCAUCCAGGGCCAGGCCCGACGCCUGCUGUGUGAUGCGUACAUGUGCAUGUACCAGAGCUCGACCAUGAGCCUGUACAAGUAGAAUCCUCUACCCCCCCCCCCCCCCCCCCCCCCCCCCUCCCCUGCCCCUAAGCCACACCACCUCCCCAAGGGCAGGAGAUUCCCAGAAAGGACAAAAAUUAAAAAAACAAACUAAAAGAAGAAAGGCUGCCUGCCAGCAGGGGUGCUGUCCAGAGUUAACCCUCUCCACCCUGCCGCUCCUCGAUGCCUGCCCAUCUCUGGAGGCUGGAGAGAGGGAAGAGAGGGGGAGAAGCCUAUUUGCACUGUGCAUCAGUUGAAGUGUCGUGUUCUUCAUGUAGCUUCCCUGUGUCUCACAGCUGAGCAUCGGUGGUGGAUGAUGAAGCAAACGCAGGCCUUACAAAGAUUCACUCCCUGUUCAGGGAGCGAGUGGGAGAAGAUGGACGGGGGAGGGCUUGCUCGCAUCGCUGCGGCUGACAAAACAUGUGCAACAAAAACAAGAUGAGCUAGUGGGAGGACCCUGGCCACCUCAUUUACCUUAAGAAAAGAGGAGUCCUGCUAUUCUUAAUCACUGUAAAAGACGGGAGCUUUCCAUAAUGCGACAAUAAGGAAGCGACGCAGUGUGCAAAUCCUCAUCCAACAUGUGUGUGUACUGUUCUUAAAAACUUCUGUAAAAAAUCUCUUAGUAGCAUAGAUUUCUCCAGGUAGUAACAUCAACGGUAUAGAUGUCAUCCUUCUGUGCUGUCACAUUAACCAGAGUAUUCAGCUCUCUGUGAACCGGUUUGCAUAUUUCCCCAUCACGCUGUGUAAAUGUCUUUACAGUAUAUUUUGCAGAAACGGAUGUAGCCAUUGUAAAAGUCUCACGUUUUACUGCAUACUUGCUCAACCAAUGCUGCACUUUUGCUCCAUCCCCAAGUGGACCUAUCAGGAAACAUUUAGGUUUUGCUCUUCUUUCUUCCUUCUUUUCUUUCUCCCAUUGGAAGUCACAGUGAGUGCUAAUUUGUUGGUUGGGAGACAUCAGAGUUUUGUGUUACAGAAUACAAAUGUGCUUCUCCUCUGGAGCUGUAAAGAGCGCUCUGCAUCGCUAAUGCAGAGUAGAUGCCAGAUAAAUGCAUGGAGGGAGACUUGUACAAUGGCUCCUGUUGUAAAGCUGGCUGGUGGAGCACUCCGUGCAUUCACGGGGUCAAUGAGGUGAAAUACUGGAAAAGUCUGGCGGUUAUCUUUUAAAGUAAGAGAGUGUGAUGUGAAGAAUUUCACGUGCAGUGUUUUUUUUUUAAGACUUAAUCUAAAUUAUAUUUUGUGUUUACGAAGCCUUUUUUCUCUGCCCGUCAUGGCAAGUAUUGACUCUCGCUGCCUUCCAUGAAGAUGUGACAUGCAAUGUUUCCAGCCAUGCACUAGAUAACAAAACAAUUGUGAUCAAAUCUUAUUUAUUGUAUUCUAAUCAUAUUACAAACUCCUGUGUUGUCCCUUUUUUGAGAAAAUGAAAACAGGGUUGAUAAUACUUGUAUGUGUGUGUGUGGGCUCCUUCUCCUCUUUCUCAGUAUAUUGAAGUGAGUUAUUGUCGUUUACGCCGUCUCAUAGCAACCACUGAAUGUUAAUAGUGACACGUUGAACAGUGUGGAGUUAACGAAGGAUGGGUGAUGAAUGAAGCACAAGGCUGGAAACCUUGGGGGACCAUGUAUACGUAUUUAAAGAAAACCAUUUAAAUUAAUUAUUUACAAAUUCCCUGAUUCCAUCGUAUUCCAAUUUUGAAGAAUACAUAAAGCAUACCGUGGAUUGAGACACAAAGUAGUUUCUUUUUAUACAUCACAACACAUUGGAUUAAAGCAAGAAACUGCACAUGUUGGCAUCGGCAUUAUAUAUAUAUAUAUAUAUAUAUAUUUUUAUUUUUUUCCUAAAUCACAACUUAAUCAUGGAUUCAGUUGUAAAAACAAGUGUGAAAUGGCGUUUUCUUUGUUUCGGGUCCAGCUGACAGCUUCCAUGUUGCUCUGCGGUCGUUUCCACUGUCCAGGGAUCCUGUCGGGGACUUCCUGUGUGAACUGCUGAAGCGUGUCACUGACUAGAGCCUCGUUCUCUUUGAGAGAAGUCUCACAACAGAGGAUGGGAUUUUGAAGUUGUUUUUUUUUCUGUCCCAUCUGUACAGUAUAGACAUAUGUAACGGGUGGAAAAUUAAUGUCAGUGAUGUUCCUGUAAAUGUUAACAAAAUAAAGCCCAUUUUUAAGGGUA